AUGUGGGUCGUGAAGUAUGAACAUAUCCAAUAGCAGAAUGGAUGUGGACCUUUUGCGGCCGGGCACUGUGCCUAUAUCUCCUGAUACUGUUUUGUGGUUUGAAUUUUUAUUGGAUCCGAACUUGCUGAAGAAACACUUAUGUAAACCUAACCCAGAACCUACACCAUGUGAGUUGAUAGAAGAGUUUUUAUCUGUGGAUUCAAAGAACUCCAACUCAAAGCCAACUAGUGAGAGGGUGGUAGACGUUGAUGCUCCACCUAGCCCACCAUCUGUAACCACACCAACUAGUCUACAAUUUACUCGUAAACAAUUGGCAUUGAAAAUUCUUGCAUUAAAAGUGGCUGCAAGUUUACAUUGGAACUUAGAUAUGUUGGAAACAAAACUGCCCCCACAAACUCAACAACAUUUGAUGCAGGAUCUUGUUUAUAUGGCAACAGAUACUUCUUUUGCUGUUCCUCCACAGGAUAUACCAUCUGAAUUUAUACAUAAAUCUCAAGUACAAUUUGCUCUCACAUUAUACCACAGAUGGGUGCUAAGAUUUCCAGUGAAGGCUGCUCUUUAUGCUAAAACAACAAAAAUGGCGUUUGUUCACAUGCCUGGAAUGCAAAUAGAGAGUGCCUACAGUCCAAUGAAUCAAAACUUCGAAAAAAUUCUUCGAAUGUGUGAAUCUUCCCGCAUGCAAAGCAUCAGAUAUUUGGAUAGUGUAUUAUCUUACUACGAAACAACACUAGGUCGAAGGGAGGCGAGAAAGGUAAAAAUUCCAGUUAGGGAAGCUUUUGUUCACCUCACUGAAGAUUCUGAUGACAUGAACCAUAAUUGGGAUGCUGGUGACAUAAUAAUAAGCCAAUAUGAGCUGGCAAUGCAAAUACAUUUUGAUCUCUGUUACAAUUACUUCUUUUACGGACAACAUGACUUGGCUAAACAACACAUAUUAGGAUGUAGGGAAAAUUCUAGCCUUCUCGAAAAAGAAGUAUCUACUUUUGGCUACGGGGAACACAGCACAAUGCCGUGGGGUGAUUUUUAUUACGCCAGUAUGACCAAAGAUGAUAUUUUGGGUUACAUACGAGCUCUAAAUCUAGGAUAUGAAGUCUUGAAUGAAGAACCGUCACUACUACAAAAACUUCAAGAAGCUGUAGCUAACCACUAUACAGGCAUUAUAGCCAUACUUCAAGCAGAUAAUCUGGCAAGAGAAAUACCAAUGGUACACAGAGAAGUUGUUGAACUUGAUAUUCAAGGAUCUGCUUCAAGUGGGGCAUUUACUGUUGCUAGAGACCUAUUAAACCGUGUGGCAGCCUUAAAUGCGGUCAGAUAUGCUCUCGAAGGAGGAAUCCCGUCCACCCAUCCUGACUUCAUUAAUAAAUUUAAAACUUUUGGAAUAAAAUUUUUUGAUUUACUUUUUUGGGCUAUAGCUCCAGUUUUAAUGUCCGAUUUACCUGAGGCUGACUGGAAAAACCUGAAAAUGUUUUUCCUACAUCUAGCUACAUCACAGUUGAAAAUACCCAUUGAAAGAAUAGAUGAAUAUUUAAAAAAGUAUGUGGGCGAUGCAUCUGAGAGUAUAAGAAAAAGAUUAAUAUCUGAUGAUCAAUUAAAUGAAAUUUUAAAUGACCCAGCUAACAUUGACGAUGAAAAUGUCGAUAUUCCACGGGAACUUCUUACUGAAGAUUGGGAUAUGCCUGAUUUCGAGUGUAAAUCUGUACCCGAGCUUGAAAUCGGUAGGUUAAAGAAACGUCUAAUUGAGGCAUCAACAGCAGACGAUGUGCGAAUGUGUUUAGUGAAACUCGCGAUGAUGAUGCCGUCGUCACCAUUAUGGAAAUUAAAUCCAUCUUGGAAACCUCCAGGGGGAUUAGGCAAUGCUUUGAUUUCAUUACCGCGUGGUUUUCUGCAAGAUUUUGGUUAUGUUGUAUCUGGUGCUGCGAGAGCUCGCGCUGAAGCUGGUUGCGCGCGGACAGCUUUAUCUCUCCUCUCGGUAUUAGAAGGCGAAGCUCGAAGCCAACUUGGAGGAAGCUCAGAUCCCAUACUAUACAGGCUUUGUCGUCAGUUGUCGUGGGAAGUGUUGUUGCUUCAAGUAAACGUAAUGUUAUCUGAAUGGCCACACCAUCGCUUGAAUUUGACGGUUUUAGCUGAUAAAUGCAAGGCUUGCAUAGCUGCUGUAACUUCGGGGGAUAGUAUUAUUCCUCGUCCUCAAGUAAUUGAAUCAUGUUGGACUUGUCUGGUGAACGCUUGCGAAUGGGAAGGAGCGAGCGUUGCUAAUGGUCCAGGAGAGGCGGCUUCGGCGUUAUGUGCCGCUUGUUGCGAGCUACAAAGAGGAAAGGGUUCAAGGAAGUUCCCCAGAGCCCUGUGGGAUUAUACUCUAUCUAUAUACAAUAAUGGUUCCAACGGUCCCAUUAAGCGAUCUGCAAGCGGAAUGCCAUCACAUUCUCGUGAUGCACCUAACGUGGCGGCAGAAGCCAGAAACGCUUUUAAUGGAUUUUUGGCUACAUUACGCGAACCUCUCGCAGUCAGCGUCAUGAUGUCCCUACUUGCAAGAAUACACAAUCUUCUUAUAGACGACAGUUCCCUGGAACUUGUCGUGGAAUACACAAAUCUCUGGCCAUCAAACAUCUCGAAUAUGAACAAUUACAAUCUGAAGCAUGUUCUGGAGUCCUUAACUGAAUUGCUCGAGAGAAGCUUAAGGCUAUACCCUUAUAACACUUCAUGGCUACGUCUAUAUGGCGACGUAGAAAUGGCUGGGAGUCGUUGGGCGGCGGCCCUACGCAGAUACCUAUGCGCCUUGGCAGCAGCCACUUGGCACUUUGCGAAAAGGGCUCCUGAUGAAGGAGGGCUGGCCCGACGUGCCGCUCGAUGUUGCCAGGCCCUCUCGGCGCCCACACAGGCUGCUGCCCUUUGCCAACUGCCCGAUGAGCCCGAUUACACAACUGCUUUCAAAUGCCUCGCUGAAAAAACUGGCAAUGCAGCUGAUGCGAUGGAUGGAUACUAUGGUUGUCUAUGGGACGGGACUCUGUUAGAAGUAGGCGUAGCUUUACACGCACGACGCGGGGAGGGAGGAAGACGUGCAAGGGCCGUAAAGGCCGCUGGAGCGCUCGAACUAAACGCCAACAACAGUGAAGACAUACAAAGAGAAGCCGCUGCUUUACGACGUGCUAGGCUACUCCGGGCACUUACUAAUCAAUAUGUAGCAUAAGAUACCUUUUGUAAAUAUAAUUUUUUUGUCAA